CCCAACCUUUUCAUUUAUGUUUAAUUUUCUUUUCUCUCUCCAUCAUUUCAUUUUCCUUUCUCUCCCACUCUCCAAAACUGUCGACUGCUCUCUUCUGUUCUUCUUCUUCUUCCUCUCUCUCUCUCUCCCAAAUAAUUCAAAAUACCUCUCAACAACGGCGGGUGUGAGAAACACGGCGCCGGCGACGAGGGCUACGGGCAGGAAGAAGACGGCGGUGCUUGAAGAAAGACGAAGUCGGCCGAGCAAGAAGGAAGACAUCGACGCUAGUAGCGUGAGGAAGACGACUACACCAGCUGCGAAGAGAAGAAAGUUUUUGAGGUAAGCAUCUUCCUUUGAUGUAGAUGUUUUGGAUCUGAGAUUCAUUGUUAGGGAUCUGGGAUUCUUGUCGGGGGAUUUGAGAUUCGAUUUGGGGGAUCUGGGAUUCUUUUGAUUUGGGGGUUUUGGAUUUCUUUCGAUUUGGGGGAUCUGGGAUUUUCUGUGGUUGGAUUACAUAUAUUUGAUUUAGGGUUUCAUAGAUUCGACUGGAUCUGAGUUUUUUUUUUUUUGCUUCGUUUUUUGGAUCUGGAUUCAUUGUUAGGGAUCUGGGAUUCUUGUCGGAGGAUUUGAGAUUCGAUCUGGGGGAUCUGGGAUUCUUUUGAUUUGGAAGAUUUGGAUUUCUUUCGAUUUGGGGGAUCUGGGAUUUUCUGUGGUUGGAUUACAUAUAUUUAGUUUAGGGUUUCAUAGAUUCGACUGGAUCUGAGUUUUUUUUUUUUGCUUCGUUUUUUGGAUCUGAGAUUCAUUGUUAGGGAUCUGGGAUUCUUGUCGGGGGAUUUGAGAUUCGAUUUGGGGGAUCUGGGAUUCUUUUGAUUUGGGAGAUUUGGAUUUAUUUCGAUUUGGGGGAUCUGGGAUUUUCCGUGGCUGGAUUACAUAUAUUUGAUUUAGGGUUUCAUAGAUUCGACUGGAUCUGAGUUUUUUUUUUUGCUUUGUUUGUUGGAUAUGAGAUUCAUUGUUAGGGAUCUGGGAAUCUUGUCGGGGGAUUUGAGAUUCGAUUUGGGGGAUCUGGGAUUCUUUUGAUUUGGGGGAUUUGGAUUUCUUUCGAUUUGGGGGAUCUGGGAUUUUUUUGUGGAUGGAAUUUCUUUCGAUUUGGAUUUCUUUUGAUUUGGGGGAUUCGUUUUUUGAUGUCGAUAUUGUUUGGGGUUUCUGGAUUUUGCUCGUUAAUUUGAUAUUUUUUUACCUGGAAAAUUGUUUAGCUGGCAUGGGAUACCAUUUAGUUUAAUGUGGAUAUUGUUUGGUGGUUGAUUGUCCGGAUAUUGGUUAUGUGAUGCAUAGAUAUUUGUAUGCUAGGUCUGGAUAUUUUUAUGCCCUGUAUGGAUAUUAGUUCAAUGAUAUUAGCUCUUUUCAGGAAUUGUUUCUGGAUUUUGCUCGUUAAUUUGAUAUUUUUUUACCUGAAAAAUUGUUUAGCUGGCAUGGGAUACCAUUUAGUUUAAUGUGGAUAUUGUUUGGUGGUUGAUUGUCAGGAUAUUGGUUAUGUGAUGCAUAGAUAUUUGUGUGCUAGGUCCGGAUAUUUUUAUGCCCUGUAUGGAUAUUAGUUCAAUGAUAUUAGCUAUUUCCAGGAAUUGUCCAAGAUGACAACAUCCAAAAGGUGUUCGAUGUCAGCUCCUCCAAGAGAAGGGGAGGCUGAGACACAUCACUGGCUCAAUCCAGACGCAUCAUGCUGGGAAAACAAAGAUUUUGACAACCUUGACCUAAAUCAGCUUGCGGCAAUGGAGUCAAUGGUUGAGAGCAUGAUCCAAAUGUGGAGGGCUCGGGACGACGCGCUCAAAAAAAUUAUCAAGCGUCAGCAAGACAACAGUUGAACUAUUGCUUUCUCAUUUCUUAUGUGGUUGUGCUUUUUCGAAUUUGAAAUUCUUGGAUUGCCAAGUUAUAAUGACAUUAAAUACUAGUUUUAUCGCGAUUUGUCUAUCAAACGACUCUUUUUAUUAAGAAUUCGAGUUUUUUAUUCCGGAAUAUUAUUUGCUCGUCGAAAACACAUCUCCACAAAACAAAUAUCCAAAUCACUCAAACUAAUAUCCGACUGUCGCACUAAUAUCUCACCGUCUCAUACUAAUAUCUAAUCAUCCCAAAAUUAAUAUUCUCACUAUCACAGAAUAAUAUGUGACCACAUAUCCACCCAUAGUCUCUUAAUUAGCAAUUAUCAUAGGUUGAAAAAGACCUUACUUUCAAAUUUUCAUCAAAAAAUUAUAUAUAUACACACUAUUUCUUCAUACUUGAAAACCAAUGUAGAUAAAAAUCCAUACAGAACAAAAAUUCAAACCACCCAGACUAAUAUCCGACUAUCCCAGACUAAUAUCCGCUCACCAUCACAAAUAUAUACACCACCCAGACUAGUAUCCCUUCAUCUCAGACUAUUAUCCAGUCAUUACCAUAAUUAGUAUCCUCACCAUCAUAGACAAAUAUCCACCACACACUGACUAAUAUCUUACCCCCGCAAACUAAUAUCCGACUACUCAGACAAAUAUCCACACAUCACAAACUAAUAUCCUCCUAUCCAUAAUAAUAUCCUAUCACUGUAGACAAAUAUCGAACCACCCUAAACACUAAACCAAAACUCCAAACUUGAAACUCUGACCCUAAACCAUAAACCCGAACCCUAAACACUAAACCAAAACUCGAACUCUAAACUUGAUACACUAACCCUAAGCUCUAAACACUAAAUUGGUUUAAUCAAUUUCUGAUGGUAUAAAUUCAACGAAUCUGA